AAUGAAAGUAUCUGUCCUGGCGCAAUCAGUGUACAAGUCGUGUUCCCUAUAAGGACGCAUUGCUUCACUGGAUAGUGAUGGUGUCAAAUGAAAUCGUCCGAUAAUAUUGCCAUAUUUAGGUGCCAGAACUCCGUCAUCAUAAAUAUGUGUCGAACGAGAUCGCUACCCGAUACUGUCCAUAUUUGGCUUGGCGCUCUCACUGAAAGGUCAAACGAAUAAGAAGCUGAGCAUAGCCACGCGUUCUUAAAAAACAAUAUAAAGGCACGCAUUGUCCCACCUUCAAUUGCUCCUUCGUCGAAACCAACGCCAGCCGUCCCCUAACUUCAAGCUCUGCACUUUUUCCCACCCCACAUAUCCGUGAGCUAUGAAGCCUCAAGUGAAACCCAAGAAACCCCUCCAGAGCCGCCAUCGGAAUGUCGCAGGUGCCACUGAUGGUCAGCAACAAGCAGCAGCACCUGCAGUCCCUCGCAUGUUACGACGCACGACAAAGCAGUCGUUUAUGGAUGUCGAUCUCCAAUAUCUGAUGGCACUCGACCCGACAACCCCGGACCCCUUCGAGAACUCCUCCGCUGUCUUUGAAGACCCGCCUUCACUCUUCCGCCCUUUGCCUGCAUCGAUCAUGGGCGCCAGUACUCCAGGUACAGGUCAAUGGAUGUCUACGGAGGCGAUUCAUUUGCAAAAGGAACAGGAGGAGCUCCGUGCGCAGUAUCUUCAGUUUCUACACCAACUGCAGCAGAACAACCCUAAUGGCUUCCUUGUUCACAUGAACACAUUCGCAGCCGAGUUCCCGCAAGAGUUUGUGCAGCUUCAAGCAUACAUCCGCUACCAGGAACAGAUCAUGGCGCAGCAGCGCGAAGAAGCCAGGCGUCAGGAGGAGAUGCGACAGUACCAAUUUCAACUAGAGCAACGACUUCGGCAGGAACAAGAACUACAGCAACUCAAGCAAUUCCAAGAGCUGCAGUCGCAACAGGCACAAGUUCGAGAAAUACAAGAACUCCUUCAGGAAUGGUUGAUGCGACGCCAACAGAUACGGGCUACCAGCUUCCGCCUAAAGACAAGCAGCAAGGAUGAUGGCCUGGAUUUAGCAGAUGUGUUUACGAUCGCGCUGCAAAAGGACCCAAAUCUGGUAGAGAGGAUGUUGACCACUUCGGGACCAGGCCAGGGGCUGAGUCUCUUGUUAACUUCGGCCCAGCAGCAAGAGUUUGCUCAGUUUCUGGAUCAGCGCAGAAUUCAUGAUUUGAUGUCCCAGGAAAAGAAGAAACAGGACUUGACAGCUGCAGGCUUCAGCAGCUUUACUUUCCAGCCCCCGCAAGGAUCUUCGUCAUCAUCGUCGGCUGCUGCGGCUGCUGCAGCUGCUGCAGCCAGUAUGCUAACAGCGGGCCUGUGGAGCUCAAGCACGACUGGCCCAUCGAGCAGCUGGACCGGUUCAGGAUCUGGAGGCUGUAAUGGGCUGGGCAGUGGCCAGGCCGCAUUUCCUAGCAGAUUCCAGCCUCAGAUGACGAAUGAGCAGUAUCUGAAGAGAAACUCGAGGGGCUUCAGCCGCAAGUAGCAGCUGUCCCUCUGGCUUUUUUUUUUGAGAGGGGGGAGAGUCGUUCUUUAUCAGGUGAUGAUUUCAUCCAUUUAAAUUUUUGGCAGCCUUUGGCACGCCUGCACGCCUGAACCAAAUUUUUGCACUUCUUUGCUCGAGAUAUGUAGAACCGACUCUGUCAUCCAUAAAUAUGCCCGCAAUGUCCAGGGCCAGCCCCCAAAUUUACAAAAUGGCCCUUCGCUUAAUGUCAGUAGCCUAGACAAUGUACUGCGUUGUGGACAUCGCCUUCCGAUACUGAACAGUUCGGUUCAUUAUUCUCUCCGUGGGACGCUCUUCCAUUGCCCGCC